AGAAAAACAGAUGUUUAUUAAUAUAUUUCAUUUAUAUAUGAGGAACACCCAGAGAAUGAGUAGAUCUCAAAGAAGCGUCUUUGAAUUCCAGCUUGUAUAGCAUCUUCAACAAAGACUAGGAAAUUUUUAGAGAUGUGACAAAGGAAAAGGACUCUGAGUCUCUACAGGCGGUAACUUGGGCUAAGCAAACAAAUAGCAGACAAAAGAUGGUUUAAAAAAAGCUAAUAUUAAUUCCUCUGAUAUCAUUUCAAGGCUAAUGAGGGUCUGACGCUGUCUUCAGUGGUUAACCUUUGUUCUCCCUGGUAAAGGAGUGGGGCAGGAUACCUUUUCUCUUUCUAAUCUAUGUCUUGCUUCUGGGUAAAAAGAGGGCAGGUGGACAGCUCUCCUGCAUCUGCUGGUUCUUGUCUUCAGGGCAGCAAUCCUUCAUAUUUGAGAAGGUAUAUUCUGGUCUCCCACACAGGAUAGAUGGUUUUGUAUGUUUUGCUGAAUUUAGGUGACACUAUAAGAUGAUCUUCCAGUCUAUUUUAGAAAGUAAAUUUCAUCUAUGGUUGUUUCCUCUGUCCUUCCAUCAAGCUUCUUUCUGAGGCUAAAGGCCUUACUUACCUUUAAUUCCCACUAAGUGUGUAUUGCAUUUAUCUCCCAAUUAAGUUCCACACAUCCAUAAAAUACUAUCUGCUGACAUUACUAGAUCAAAGCAGUCCACUGAGGGCUUUACACGUCUUAACUCAUGCAUUCUCACUAUCUGUUGUUCGAAACUGGGCCCCACAUCUACCACCUGGCUCAUAAAAAGGGCUUUUCGAUCACAAACGCUAUGCAAAGGUAAAAGCACGGGAUUUGGGGCCCAACGAUUCUCUCUCAGCUCUAGGAUCUUGGACAAAUAACUGAUGUUCUUGAGGAUGCCCUGCGUGGCUGUGUUGUCCUGAAGAGCCGGGGGCUGCACAGCACAGUCGGCGCGUGUAGGCCCCACCAGCUAUGUGGAGACAUAGGCUGACCCCUAGUCUACCACCCCGGCGGAAGUGGGAGCACGUCCAUCAGGUCCGUUGUUCCGGUCCUCCGCCCGCCAACUUCCGGCUGCAGGUGGGCACGCGUUGCCUAACGACCUUCCGCGCGGACGGUGGGCAGGCGACGGCGGCGUGUGGAUGGAGGCCUACGCCCUUGGCCCAGCGCGGCGGGGCAGGCGGCGGACCCGGGCCGCCGGCUCCCUGCUCUCUCGGGCCGCCAUCCUCCUCUUUAUCUCCGCCUUCCUGGUGCAGGUGCCCUCAUCAGGUGAGGGUCCGCGCCGCCCUGCCAGCUCCGCAGUUGGACACUUGAUUCGAUUACCAAGAGCUUUUCGCUUGACCAAAGAUUCAGUGAAAAUAGUGGGAUCAACACGUUUUCCAGUGAAAGCAUAUGUCAUGCUCCAUCAAAAGAGUCCACACGUGUUAUGUGUAACGCAACAACUGCGAAAUGCUGAACUGAUAGACCCAUCAUUCCAAUGGUAUGGGCCUAAAGGAAAAGUUGUUUCAGUAGAAAACCGCACUGCACAAAUAACAUCCACAGGAAGCCUUGUAUUCCAAAAUUUUGAGGAGAGUAUGAGUGGAAUUUAUACAUGUUUCCUUGAAUAUAAACCUACUGUGGAAGAAAUUGUUAAACGUCUUCAACUAAAAUAUGCUAUAUAUGCUUAUCGUGAGCCUCAUUAUUAUUAUCAGUUCACAGCUCGAUAUCAUGCAGCUCCCUGCAAUAGCAUUUAUAAUAUUUCUUUUGAGAAGAAACUUCUUCAGAUUUUAAGCAAACUGCUUCUUGACCUUUCAUGUGAAAUUUCCUUACUUAAGUCUGAAUGCCAUCGCGUUAAAAUGCAAAGAGCUGGUUUGCAAAAUGAAUUGUUCUUUGCAUUUUCAGUUUCAUCUCUAGACACUGAAAAAGGACCCAAGCCAUGUACAGACCAUAAUUGUGAACCUUACAAAAGACUUUUUAAGGCUAAAAAUCUCAUAGAGAGAUUUUUUAAUCAACAAGUAGAAAUUCUUGGCAGACGUGCAGAACAAUUACCUCAAAUAUACUAUAUUGAAGGUACUCUCCAAAUGGUUUGGAUUAAUCGCUGCUUUCCAGGGUAUGGAAUGAAUGUCCAGCAACAUCCAAAAUGUCCUGAGUGCUGUGAGACGGAGUCUUGCUCUGUCGCCCAGGCUGGAGUGCAGUGGCGGGAUCUCGGUUCACUGCAAGCUCCGCCUCCUGGGUUCACGCCCUUCUCCUGCCUCAGGCGCCCGAGCAGCUGGGACUACAGGCGGCCACCACCAUGCCCGGUGAUCUGCAGCCCUGGAUCAUAUAACCCCCGUGAUGGAAUUCAUUGCCUUCAAUGCAAUAGCAGCCUGGUGUAUGGAGCAAAAACGUGCUUAUAAGCCAUUAUCUUCAGUUAUUCAGUGGUUUAUUAAAUGCAAAGUAUAUAUUUGAAAUAUUAACAUAAUAAAUUAUUAUGCCAGAAUUAA